AUUUAAAUUUUGUGUGAGGUUAUUUUAAAAAUAAAACACUGAAUAAAUUAUAUUUUUAAAUAGUAAUACUUUACCUUUUAAAAUAUUUAAAUUGACACAUUUUUCGAUAAAUGUCUGUUGUAUUUUGCAAAAGCUCAAGAUAAUAAUAUAAAGUACUGAGUGUCAUAAAGAAUACAUAAAGAAUUUAUCCGGCUGGCUAUUGGACAUGGUGAAGGGGUAUGUUGGUUAUUCGGCGUUUGCUGAUCGUGGGUGUACUCGCAGCUUCGAUUGGUCAUUACCCAGUAGCCGCAGCAACCGGGAGCAAGAUUGGCGGUAUGUGGUGGUGGUGGCGACCACCGUGGUUUAUUAGUUACCUUGGAUUUGCUUUGAUUUUCCAUACAACACCUGGUGUUGCCAGUUAUCACAUUGCCGUGACCACCAGCAGCAGUAGCUCAUCCCAGAAAACUGAUCUCACCGCCACGGGAUGCCGUUUGUCUGAAUUUAGAUGUGAUAAUCGGCACUGCAUCGCCCAGGACAAGUUUUGCGACGGCGAGGACGACUGCUCUGAUAAAUCCGACGAGCCUAAAUACUGUACCCCUUGCAAUAGAACUCUUUACGGCGAUGUGGGACGGACUUAUGAAGUGGAAGUUCGACGUCCUCGAGAGGAUCGAUUACCUUUCAUUUGUCACAUCAAUUUUACGGCUGCCGGUGGCGAUUUUGGUGACCUAGUUCAG